AUUAAUUUUUAUUACCACAUUACCUGUGUAAAGCUGCUUUGAGACAAUGUUUAUUGUUAAGAGCGCUAUACAAGUAAAAAUUAAUUAAAUUCAAUAGGAAAUCAAUAAAAUGGAAAACUAAAAAGUGUUUAUUCUGUCUGUGCAGCACCAAAUAUUUGGAGACCCCUGCUUUACAUUUGCAGUAUAUUCAUUAAUGAUUUUACAUUUUUCUUUAGUAUUAGUGAAAAUUUUGCAUUCUGUGGUGUAGUCAUGUGGGUUUGUUACAGUAUUUGCAUCAGACCUGAUUUCCAUAGCUUCUUAAGAAAAUGUAGGUAGCAUGGAGUCAAACAGUAUUUGUGUGUGAAUUUCCUUAAUGACCCAGACACACCCAUGUUUGCUUCUCCAUACAGUGAAAUGUGUAAUAAUAUUUAUUUGGCAUCUUCAUGCGCCUUUCAAUUUUAUGUGCAGGAAACAAAAAGGAGACAGCUAGCAGAAGCAGCAGAGAAGCGACAGAAAGAGAGCACACACCGAGGCAUCAAGAACCCAGAAGCGGUGGAAAGGAAAAAGAAGAAACAAGAAGAGAUAGAAAAACAGGCUAUGAGCACGUCAACAUCCGGAGGCGGUGGACUUCGGUGGCAAGUUGGCUAACACAAGAUGAAGAAACAACUGGUGUCAAAAAGUGUUUUUUUUUCUUCUUCUGUGUGAAAUCUAAGCUGUUGGGUCAGUCUUUGUAGCGCAUAGACAUUUCACCAAGCUUCCAGCUAAGGACAUCUAAAGGAUGUAGCUCUUUGGAGAUCACGCCUACAUUAUCAUGCUGAGACCCCAUGUGCCAACAAACAGGACACUGACGUAACCAAAGCAGCAAUGUCUCUUUUUAAUACACAUGUUUAUGAAUCACUACUGAGAGAUGGCAAGUUCACAGAAUGCUAAUUGAGAAGGUUCUUGACUUUUAAAUGGUACAAAUUCUUUAGAUGAAAGUAACACUAAUGCACAUUUCUAUUACAUUUUAUAAUGGAUUGAUGUAAGGCAUUUAGCACUCAUAUUUUAGGGUUAAGCUGCACUCUGCUGUGUUAUGCUUAAAGGACUAUAGUGCAAUAUGUUAUCUGUUCUGUCAGGUUCUGUAUUUGAUCGUGAAGAAUGUCAAAGCGAAGAAUGAAUAACAAUUGUUUGAAUUGCCCUAUUUGUUAUUUAUCAUUAGAAACCUAUCAACUGUUAUUAUACUGGUGGUAAAUGAAGGUUGCUGUUUCUGUAUUAUGUUGAUUUGUUUGGAUGUAGGGCAGAAUAAUUUGACUCAACGGUUAUAAAAGUGUCAUUUUCUCAUGUGUGCAAUAAUGCAGCGUCAUAGUUUAGUGCACUCAGCUAUAGUGCUCCUCUCUUGUGUAACAGCCUUACUGUCACUGAAAUGGCCACUGAACACCAGGUACAGCUGUAGUUUUUAUAUUAACAAGAAGUUUUUUAAGAAAUGUAAAAAAAAAACCCACUUUACUGCCAAAGCUCAGUGUGCUUGUUUUUUUUUUCCUGAAGCCUAAAUUCUGAAGAGUAAAACGCCACUGCAUUAUUUUAAUGGGCUUAAAUAAAUACCUUAUCAUAA